AUGGACAAUGGCCUUGUCAACGUCUCACUGUCCACCCCAAUCGGCACGGUCACGGGUAUACAAUACAAUGGAAUUGACAAUUUACUGGAAAUUAAUAACAAAGAAGGAAAUAGAGGGUAUUGGGAUUUUGUUUGGGAAAAUUUGAGACAUCCCAAUUCAUCAUAUGACUUGCUACAUGGGACAAAUUUUACGGUUUUAAUGGAAGAUGAAAAUCAAAUAGAGAUUUCAUUUACAAGAACAUGGGAUUCUUCACUCAAUGAGAGUGAAAUUCCCCUAAAUAUAGAUAAAAGGUUUAUAAUGCUUCGUGGGUGCCCUGGUUUCUAUUCUUAUGCAAUAAUUGAGCGCUUGGAGGGAUUUCCUGAUCUAACUAUCUACCAAGGAAGGAUAGUAUUCAAGCUUCAUCAGGAACUGUUUCAAUACAUGGCUAUAUCGGACGAAAGGCAAAGGAUCAUGCCUACGGCCCAUGACCGCAAUACGGGUCAAGUGCUUGACUACAAGGAAGCUGUUCUGUUGACAAAUCCAUCCAAUCCAGCACUCAAAGGAGAGGUGGAUGACAAGUACCAGUAUUCGUGCGAGGACAAAGACAACCGGGUGCAUGGGUGGAUAUCUCCUAACCCGCCCGUAGGAUUCUGGAUGAUCACACCCAGUGAUGAGUUCCGAACUGGUGGGCCGGUCAAGCAAGAUCUUACCUCUCACGUGGGCCCAACCACUCUAUCUAUGUUUUUUAGUACCCAUUAUGCUGGGGGAAGUUUAGGAAUAAAAUUUGAAGAUGGAGAGGCAUGGAAAAAGGUUUUUGGUCCAGUUUUGAUCUAUCUAAACUCCGCUUCAGUUGAUGCUGAUAACAUAACACUUUGGGAAGAUGCCAAAGAACAGAUGUUGAUAGAAACCGAAAAGUGGCCAUACAAUUUUCCAUUAUCAGAAGACUUCCCUCAUGCCGGUCAACGGGGUAAAGUCAGUGGCCGGUUACUAGUCCGUGACAGGUUCAUAAAUACAAGACUUAUGAAGGCGAGUUCUGCCUACGUGGGAGCGGCUCCACUAGGAGAUGUGGGAUCAUGGCAAAGAGAAAAUAAGGGCUAUCAAUUCUGGACACAAUCUGAUGAUGAAGGAUACUUCUUGAUCAAGGGUGUUCGACCCGGUAACUACAGCUUGUAUGCAUGGGUCCCUGGCAUUGUUGGGGAUUACAAAUAUCAAGUUAAUCUCAUCAUCACACCAGGGUCUGAAAUCAAAUUGGACGUUCUAAUUUAUGAUCCUCCCAGAAAUGGUCCAACCCUAUGGGAAAUCGGCGUCCCCGACCGAACCGCGGCUGAGUUCUAUGUGCCUGACCCCAACCCAACGCUCAUGAACCAGUUAUACGUUGAGCAAUUCGACAAGUUUAGGCAAUACGGAUUAUGGGAUAGAUAUGCAGAGUUAUAUCCUGACCAGGAUUUAGUAUAUACAGUUGGUGUAAGCAAUUACCAAACAGAUUGGUUCUUUGCCCAUGUUAAUAGGAACAUUGGAAAUAAAACAUAUGUACCGACCACAUGGCAAAUUUUGUUUGACCUAGAAAAUGUUAUCGAGACCGGAAAUUAUACGCUGCAAUUGGCAUUGGCAUCGGCCCACGAAGCUGAAUUACAAAUUCGGAUCAACGAUGAAGAAAUGGGAGAACCGAGCUUCACGACAGGGUUUAUUGGGAAGGAUAAUUCAAUAGCAAGACAUGGGAUUCAUGGGUUGUACUGGUUGUAUAGUGUUGGCAUAUCGGCUUCUCAACUUGUGAAUGGAAAUAAUACAAUCUAUUUGAGACAGUCGAGAGGUUCAAGCCCCUUCAAAGGAAUCAUGUAUGACUAUAUUCGUUUAGAAGGGCCUCCUCAGACCCCACCAUAAGCUACCAUCGACUUUGUACAUGAUGCAUUAGCUCUUUAGUCCCUCAAAGAAGAUAUACAACCCAAAUCCUCUCUAGUGAAACAGCCGCAAGGAAACAUGUAAUAUUCUU